AUGCACGUCAUCAACGAGCUGUACGCGCAGUGGGGGUCUUUGCUGUAUUUCAACCAAAAACUCGUUGCCAAGAACAUUGAUCGGUACUGCAGUGCUGUCGCCUCCAAGGGGGUGCCUCUUUCAAACGUGUUUGGCUUCAUCGACGGCACCAAACGCAUCCACUGCCUCAACGAUCAGGGAGUCACUGCACCUGACGGUAUCUAUGAGCACUUUUUUGGCCCGGUCGAAGGUCGGCGCCACGAUGCGACCAUGCUGCGUGAGAGCGGAUUGAUCAAGUACCUGGGGGGGUGCCGAAACGUGUUUUGGGGGAAAGCGAUGUAUGGCGAUCCAGCGUAUGGAAUUGUGCCUUACUUGAUUUCGGGAUUCAAGGGGAUUGACCUCAGCAACGAAAAAAUGCAGUUCAACAAGUGGAUGAGCCUCGUUCGACAAUCAGUGGAAUGGAACUUCAAGCUAGUAAAGACGCUCUGGGCAUACAUUUCGUUUAAAAUGUUAUCGAAAAUCCGACUCUCCCCUGUGGCUAAGGUAGUUGCUAUUGCAAUGGUGCUAACCAAUUGUCAUUGCUGCUAUUUCCGUGGAAACCAAAUUAGCGAAUUUUUCAACUUGGCGCCUCCAACCUUACGCCAAUACCUCGACACGUUACAGUAA